GGCGCACUGAGCCUCGUAGUGACGUCACCCUGUGCCUGCACAGCUGCUGCUGCUCAGCCAAUGCUCAGAUCACUGAGGUUUAGUAGCAGCACAUGACUUUGAUGCAAUUGGCUACAUAGGCGAAUACGCUAAAAGGGAUCCUGUAGCUAACCAGAGUAAUGAAACGGAGAGUAUGACUGACAAAAGUUAUCAAUGGUAGGAGAAAAGUUGUUGUCCACCCUCAGCCUCGGUGCCGUUUGAAAAAAGUCCAGUGGCUCCAGCUAACGCGAAGCUAAGCAAACAGUACUCGGCUAACCGGAUCCAUAUCGUGCUGCUUGUUAUGCUUAGAGUAUGCUGGCUGUGAACUAGCUGUGGUGUCAUAUUCAAUGUUUACAACCGACAGCCGGAGCUGUUUCUUUAGUUUGGCAGCAGACCGAGCUUAAAAGGCAACAUAAUGGUAGCUAGCUAGCUGAGACGGGCGGCGUUAGCUUGAGCAAAAAACAAGAGGAGUCAGCUGACAGUCUGUGUGGGCUGCCAACACACCAGGGAUGGAUCAGCUGAAAGUGAAGGACCGCAUACUGGAAAACAUCUCUCUGUCUGUGAAGAAGUUGCAGAGUUACUUUGCGGCCUGUGAAGAUGAGACUCCAGCCAUUCGAAAUCACGACCGGGUCCUGCAGCGACUCUGUGAACACCUCGAUCAUGCUCUGCUGUACGGGCUGCAGGACAUCUCCUCAGGCUACUGGGUCCUGGUCCUUCACUUCACUAGGAGAGAGGCUGUCCGACAGAUAGAUGAGCUUCAGCACAUCGCAACCAACCUUGGUCGAAGUCGUGCAUGGUUGUACCUGGCAUUGAGUGAGAGCUCUUUAGAGAGCUAUCUACGCCUCUUCCAGGAGAACCAAGCAUUACUGCAGAAGUAUUAUUUCAAGAACGCACUGGUCUGCAGUCAUGACCACCUCACACUCUUCCUCACACUGGUGUCUGGCCUGGAGUUCAUCCGUUUUGAUCUGGAGCUGGAUGUGCCCUAUCUGGACGUGGCCCCUUACAUGCCAGAAUACUACAAACCCCACAAUCUGCUGGACUUUGAGGAAAGGCUGCCCAGCUCAGACAGCUUGUCCUUACACUCCUUCACCUCCCUCACUUCCACCAACUUGGAGUGGGAUGACAGCGCCAUAGCCCCCUCCAGUGAAGAUUAUGAUUUCGGUGACAUCUUCCCCGUGUUGCAGUCAUUGCCAAGUGUAGACUGGGAAGAGGGUGACCUGACGGACCAGGCCAGCUGCCCACGAUCCAGUGGCUCUGAUCCCCAGACAGUCAUCAGCGACACAGUGGUUCUUUCUACCGGCACUGUCAAGGUGAAGGUGGCGGCUCAUCUUUCUCCACACAGCCCCACCUCAAGGCACAACCCCUUCAACGAGGACUCGGACACCAACACCACCAACACCUCGGCCGACGUCACGCCGGUUCAUGUAGCCAGCCGCCACCAUGCCGCCUCCACUGGAGAUGACGUAGAGAACGCCAGCAAUGAGUUGGAGGUCAUCAGGAUGGCCAGACGAAGGAAACCUGCAAAGAAGCGAAGAGGGAAGGGCUCCACAGAUUCUAGCAGCAGCAUCCAUAACUCGGUCUCUUCCGAGCACAUGGAAAUGGACAACAACCUCCUGAGCUCGGAGGAUGUGGAUUCGUUAAACGGCACCGUAAUUCAUCUGGAUGAUGAGACAGAGUUGAGGAGAAGCAGGGUGGGAUCAGAGGUGGUAGAGGAAGGGGAUGAGGACGGAAUAGAUGGUCUCCUACGGCUCCCAGAGAUGACUGACACCUCCAUGGACACUGUGGGCCAACCGCUCCGUGACGUCAUGGACCGCCUCAAUGGGUCUCUGGAUAGGGAGGAACCCUGGGAGCACCCAGAGGAGGGUGGAAACAACGAAGGCUGCGACCAGGGCCCCGAGCCCCCUGCUCAGCAGCCCUUUCGAGAGGAUUCAGGGGGCGAGCCACCCGACCGAAACCCGGGAGAGAUGUCUCUUUCCCCUCUGGCCACAAGUCCCAACUUCCUGCAGACCUCUCCUACGUCUACAGACUCAUGCUGCUUUACCCCCUUCAGUCCAGACUCUACUCCCGCGAGUGGUGGCCACUAUGACUCUACAGAGCAUAGCCAGUCACAGACUCUUCCAGGUGGCCUUGAAAGUAAAGAAGAGGCAAAAGCUGCAGCAGGACAGAAACCAGAAAUAAAGAAUGGGGAGGUAGACACAGAAGGAGGAGAUGAAACAGACAAGAAUACAUUAACUGAGGAAGCAGUAGAACUACAAGAGGAGAACCUCAGUCCCUCUGAAAUUUCUCAUCCUGCAGAGUUUAAGGUGGACAACAAUCAUUUGCUUCUUCUCAUGAUUCAUGUAUUCAAAGAGAACGAGGAGCAGCUCUUCAAGAUGCUGAGAAUGAGUACAGGCCAUAUGGAGGGAGACCUGCAGCCCCUUUACCUGCUGCUGACUGACUGUUACAUGUACCUGCUUAGGAAGGGUGCAGCAGAGAAGCCGUACACAGUAGAAGAAGCUGUUUCCUACAAUGAGCUGGACUAUCUUUCAGUUGGCCUUGACCAACAGACAGUGACGGUGGUUUGUACCAACAGACGAAGAAAGUUCCUGUUGGACACAGCUGAUAUCUCUCUGACUGUCUGGUUCCUGUCUGUUCUGAAGUCAGCUAUGGUGAAGGGUUGUCGGGAGCCUCCUUACCCCUCCGUUCUGACUGAUGCUACCAUGGAAAAACUGGCUCUCACUAAGUUUGUCUCCCAGGAAUCUCAGUGUGAGGUACCUGAAGUGUCUAUACAACUGUAUUCACUGGUCCACUGGGAGGACCCCAUGGACAUGACUUUGUCAACCCAGGGUGGCCCUCCAAAGUCUGGAGCACCUUCCAGCACCAAGGAGGGAACUCUGCAGUACCGGGCUGGAACCACCUACCUGGGCAAAGAGCUGUGGAAAAACUGCUACCUCGUCCUCAGCAAUGGGAUUCUGUUUCUGUACGCAGAAAGAACUGAUGUGACUCCUGUGCUGUCAGUCACUAUGGGAGGAGAGCACUGUGGAGGCUGCCGUCGCUCAAACAGCACAGAGCGUCCUCACGCCUUCCAGGUCAUCCUGACAGAGCGGCCUCCACUGGAGCUGUGCGCCAACAAUGAGCAGGACAUGGCCGACUGGAUGCAGCUGCUGUGCCAGUCCGUCUCCAAAGGGGUCAUCCCUCAGGGUGUGGCGCCCACUCCAUGUAUCCCAUGUUGCCUGGUGGUGACAGACAGGAAGCUGCUAACCUGCCACCAGGACUGUCAGACCAGCUUCUUCCGUUCACUCGGCAGCGUUGAUAUCUGUGAUGUCACUGCUGUCAGUGUGGAGGCUGACAAGGAGUACUGUGUCAUUGAGUUUACAGCAGAUCGGACACAGUUCCUUCCUCCAUGGGUCAUGUACUUCAGCGGCUGUGAGGAGAGAGAUCGACUGCUGGAGGUGUUAGACAACACAUGGAAGGCUAUUUUCCAGGUUGACCUUCCCCACAGAGAGCUAUUGGAUCAGUCUGUGCAGAAGCGUUGCGGUGAGGCCCUCGCCCUGAUGAACAGUGCCUGGCAGAGAGCAGACAGUCUGGCCAGAGGCAGAGCCCAGCGUGAACCCUGGUGCUGACGGACACACACACUCACACACACCCUUACCUGUGGGUAGCCACUGAGACAGACUGACAGUUGAACAGUCUGAUGUAGUUCCAGUAUAGAUGGAUUGAACUCUGGCGUCACAGUCACUGCAAACUGUUCAGAGUUCUUCGCUGAAAGACUGAGAUGAACCAAUCAGACGUUGUUAUUGGUCGUUGUACUACAGCAUUAGCUUGUGUUGCACCUCUGAUUCGCUGAUGAAACGUUUCGAUCAAAGAACCUUCCUGCAGAAGUAGCAAUGCAUAUGGCAUGUCACAUCGCAGUGAUGCAGCAGUAAGACAUUCACAUAAAAUGAAAUGAUAUGAAAGAAACUCCCAAGAGAACACUACGACAGAUUUUAUAUGAUCAUGGUGGUGUAUUAAUAGCAUUAUUCCUUUAUUAGCAGUUCUAAAUAGCAACAGAACAAAUAUGCUGAAUCAAGUAAAAUUUUGGUGUCGCGUGAUAUUUGUACUCCAUACGGAAGGAAAAAGCUCUGUAGGAAAUUAUGUAAAUGUACAAUGCACAAACAUGGGAAGACUUUGAAACCAAGCUUCAAAUAUAUCCUGCUGAGUUGAGUUUGAGAAUUUCGUGUCAACAAAGUAAACGUCCAACAGUUUUCUCUAGAGGAGAAUCCACCUUAAAAUGAACACUGAUGUACUGACGUCCUCUUUGAAAUGACAAGACGUACUCCACUGAGGAAGCUGAGUGAAGGAGGAGGAUCCAUGACCAGCAGCUUACCUGCACAGUGAAUUGAGAGGAUUAUUAAUGUUGUCUGGUGUUCUAUAUCAAGUAAGCCAUACAUGAAAGAGGCCGUUGUUGCUUAUUUUUGCGCCGUGGAAAAGUUCACACUCCUUGCCUUGCACACAAAAUAAAUCAGUAAUGCUCUCUGCUCACACAAACUCGCACAACUGUGUGAAGAUAAAAGCCACCCUUUGCUUACUGAUAGUUCAAAGAUGUUCUACUGAACCCUAACUGUUAUAUAAACAUAGAGUUAAUGUACAGCGCUUGUACAGUAUCAACGCAUAAUCACUGACAGCUAUUCAGUUUUGGCUCGUUGAAGGGGACAUACCUCUACGCUGAAUUAUUGUCACAUUGUACUUUAGCUUGAGAGAAUGAGGAUCUGGAUGUUUAACACUUGCACUGUUACAUGACAUGCUCAUGCCUGUAUGUAUCUGAGAUCUUGCUUUAACAAUUUAAAUGUUCUCAUGAAAAAAAAAAAGAAGAAGAAUACCUAUCAGGAAAUGCAACAGACUUGCCUUUUUCUCCACUCAUCUCUACAGAGCGGAGGCUUCCAUGCAGACUUGCACAUUGUUAGUCUUUUUUUUAAUGGUACAGGUUGUGGUUUUGUGUUGAUCUCAUAACAUAUGUUGUGUUAUUUACAUUUUAGAGAAAGUGGGAACAAUUGUUACUAAAUUAUUCAACUGAGUGGUGAAAUUUUAAUGGUAUUGACUUUUAUGUCUGCAUUAGAGGACGUGUCCUUCCCCUUUAGUGUGGGUAAGUAUUGCAGUCCGUGUGAAGAAUCCUUCACGGACUGACAGCUACAAGUUGUCUUGUCUUGUUAUUUUGCACCAGUGGUUGGUGCCAUCACAUUGUACUGUAUAGUAAGAUCUGGCCACUGCACCGGUCAUCAUUUAGUUGUGUACGACCACGUUUGAGCUAUAUAAAAUCCUUAAAUAACCUUUCCACUUGGAGAAAUUGUAGCAUUACUUCUUAGCAGAUUAGUGCUCUUAAAUCGCCUCUAAUAUCAUCCAUUAUUAAAGCUUUACUCGGGGAAGAAAUAAGAAUUAGACUCUAAACUAAACUCUUUUUAGUUUCCCUACAAAUUCAAGUCCGUAGAGAGUAGUUGCUUAUGUUGCAAUCUGUUCUUAACAUGAAUACUUAUUGAAGUACUGCUGCUCUGACAAGAGAUACAUGUGAGGUUUUUUUUGCAAUGACAAUGUCGCCUUUUUGACUGAUCUUGACAAAAUGGCCAAUUCGUUUAAACUAAACGAAGCACUAUUUGUUUUCCUUUUUGUAGUUGCCUUACACUGUUCAAUUUGGCUGACUGCAUUGGAACACUCAUCUCAAACAAUCAUCUUUAUGUUCUGGUUUCUGGUCAAAAUAUGUUGUCUGUAGGACUGGGUGUACAACUUACAUUCUCCGAGCACAGAUCUAAUGGUGUCUGUGUUGUGCGUUAGUACAGAAAUGUUUGCUGGUUUUCACUGUUAAAAAUCCUGAAAUCAUGUAGGUUUUUGUAAAGUAUGGUACUGAAGUAACUUAGUAACCAGUAUCAAAAACCUUCAAAUGAUACCUGGCUCAACACAGCCCUAUGUCAUUUAUGUAUGUUUGUACAAAAUUCUGUCAGCAUGAACCAGUGGUUUCAGCCUUUCGAAGUGCCGCUUGGUCUCACUCAUCUUCUGCUCUUUUUACAAAGAAAUCUAAUCUCAGGUGAAAAAGGUAUGUCACAUCCCAAACCUUCAGACUCACCGUGUUUUGUUUUAUUUUGUUUUUUGUUUUGUUUGUUCGAUUGCUGCUGUUUUUUUUAAAUCCCUUUUUUCUGUUUUGGUUCCACCCCACGUUCCUUGCAGCAUUAUGAAGAGAGAGAGAGAGAGAGAGAGACGAAGUGAUAAUAAAUGUUGGAAAAGGUUUUAUGUAAAAGUCCUUUUUAAUAAUUCAGAGUUCCAAAAUAGGAUUGGUUGGCCGUGUAGUUGGGAUCUCCUCCAGAGGAUUAAUUAAGGACUUUUUGAAUGGGAGAUUACAGUUGUAAUAGUUGGUCGUACUUGAAAUGUUUGUUGGAUUAUCAAUAAAAAGUAAAGUGCUGAAAGUUGUGGCCUAUGUAGUGUAUAUAAAGAAAAGGCCAAAAGUCUAUUUGAGCUGUUUUGAAUGAGGGACAUUGCUGGCCAAUGAUGGAUGACAUCUUCUAAGUGAUGCAUUGUGAAAAGGCGCUGUUUGGUUUUCAUAAAUGUAUCCUGCAUGUAAUAUUUGUAUUACGUUUACCAGUUUUAUUGAAUUGUAAAUAUAGCACUAAUCAAAUAUAACAUACUGUACACUCACACGUAAAGACAUGCAUGUCCAGAAGGUUUUAUACUGUUCAUAAUGGCCAUGAAUGUACAAAUAAACCUUUGUAAAUGGACAGCGUAACUGAAUAAACUGAAGUGAAAACAGU